GCGAAGUUUCUAUGUAUCGAUUGUCGUUAAUCAGAACACACCAUAUCGAGCCACUAAAUGCCGGUCUUUCUGUAAAAAAAAUUGUUUGGAGACCAGAUGGAAAACUUCUCUUGAUUGCUUAUAGUGAUGGAUAUAUUCGAAUUGUCGUUACCGAAAGCAAAUUUAAUGUGCUAAACUAUCACAUGCCUGGCGAAUUAACUUUUAUUGCUUGGGUGCAAGAGGAAGAACAAAACCAAUCACCUGAAGCGAAAAAUAUAGGCCUUGAAAAAGAAACGGAUCAACCGAGAUUUGUCGACUCCUCACAGGAUUAUAUAAGCGAUCCGCCUACAAUCUCCCAAACACCAGGAUCGAUGAGCUUUGAGCCAGCUACAAGUUUGCUAACCUUUUUGCAAACUCAGUCUGAUUUCGAUGUGCUUAUUAUGGGAACUAACGAUGGCAUUUUAACCAUACACAUAUUUGGAUUAUACAAGUGUACAACUAUAAAUAUUAGCGAACGAGUGGGUUAUAUAUGCUCUAUAAAAGACGCACUAUUUAACAAAGAUAUGAGCUCAUUGUUUGUAACUGUAACAGACAAAUUCCAUAACAUAAAAACCAUUGUGCUCAAUACGUCCAUCAUGAGAGAUUACCUUGAAGAAUUUUAUUAUCUCUCAGUAAAAUUUGUUAAGCUGCAAGAGCUGAUGUGUUACCUAGAUAGGGCCAUUGCAAAUAUGACUGAAACGUGGGAAAGUAUUUUACUUGACAUAGAUACCAAACUUUCUAAUUAUGCCCGCAAAAGACCUGCAGAAGGGGUUACCGUGGAUUUUUUGGAACUGCUAGUGUGGGGAGAGUGUGCACCUACGCUCCAAGAGUUUCUAUUAGUGGAUUUGACCAAAAAGGGAUUGGAAACGUUUGGGCACGCUGUAGACAUGAGCUAUUCAACAAUCCGGACUGUAUUAAUAGACCAUGUUCUUACGUUUUCGCAAAACGGUGUGUAUCAUCUCUCUGAGAUGAAAGGAAUGGCUGCUUUUAAGGACAGAUAUGGAGCGUUUGGCUUAGAUGAAGAUGUAAUUCAGAAGGCAAUCCAGAUGAAUGGAGCUUUUGUUAUCAAAGCCAGCGAGAUGCAGGAAACGCUCGACGGUUCCGUAGCCAACUUUCGAGCCUUCUUCAAGUGGUUGUAUUCUUGCGUUUUGGUUCUGAUGGGCGAACCGAUUCCUCCUAAUUUUGAGAAAACUACCCAAAGAAGCGUUAUGAAUAUCUCAACCUUUAUUAAAAACUUUGAUUGUUACGGAUAUGAGGAAAAUCCAACUGUCAAGAAUAAAUUUAUGAUGGAAAGAAUAGGGCAAUAUUUGAUAGACCGAGAUCUGACAAUAAAACACGAAUCGGAAGGAAAUGAUUGGGCUAAACUUUUAGAAGAAAAUGAGUGUUUAAGAAAUCAUCCGACUACUAUGCCACACUAUCCGGAAAAAUCGAUAGUACAGUUGCUCGCCAUGUUAAAAGAUAGCGUUUUCAAGGUUUUCAAGGCACCAAUGCGUGCUAUAAACGAUGCGAUGGCUACGGUGUAUCUAUAUAACUGUUUCAACUUUGGAUCACCCGAUAUUCCUAUGUCGUCAAUUAGUAUUACUAAAGAUGUGAUGUAUUUCGCGUUUAUACAAUCGUCCAAGCGCGUACAAUUACUACAAGUCCAUUUCAAUGAGACAACCGCAUUCGAAGGAAGAUUGGGUUCUUUUCGUUUCAAUCAGCAAUCGCUUGCGGAAUCUCUAAAAAUUCUUGAUCUUCAAUUUUAUUCCAAGGAUAUUUUAUCUCUGUUGCUUAAUGAAUGUGAUGAGCCUCGAAGAUCCUGCAUUUUCCAGUUGUCGAUUCCACUCGCCAUAGAGCAUUUCCGUCCAUUUGAAUUAGAUACCGAAUUCCAGCAGUACUACUCUGAAAGCGUCAAUGCAUGGGAUUUCGUCCCAAGACACUGCAAGAUGAGCGAUUUGCCAGCGUCCAGAUUUGCAGUGUCGGGCACACGAAGGCUUUGCGUACUGUUGUCUGAAGAUCAAAGGAAUAUACAACUGUUCGAACUGGAAUGCGAUGAUGAAGACGUACAAGAGGAUGCAGACAUGUCUGUUGUCCAUUCCGACGAUCUUGAUUUACCCUAAGUCGUCCAACAAGGCUUUAGUUAUAUAGAUCUACAGAGCACAGAGGAGACUCUACCAUUACUUAUCUCAGGUAUCUAAUAUAUGUUAGUAAGGUUUUGAAUUGUAAGAUUUGUGCCAAGUAUUUGUGUACUGUCUGCAUUUGUUUUUAAUUCUUCAGUUAGUCAGUCAUUUUUUGUAUUUAUAUUAAAUAAUCGUGUACUUUUGGGGUGACUGCACCACUUAUUUUUAAUAAAUGUCUAUAUAGAACGA